UUUUCUCUCUCCUCCUCUACUCCACCCCUCCACUUUUUCUGCCAUAAACUUUCGAACUCCACAUUGCUGCCACAGACCCUCCUUUCCUCUAAAACCAGAGCAACAGGAUUGAAUCCCAAUACUCUCCAUCUACAGAUUUAGCCAACCGAAUCACGUCCUCCAUCACUACAACAACCAGCACUGCUUCCUCCUCACACGGCUCUCCACUCCACCUCGCGGUACUGCCGUCCUUCUUCCUCUCUCUUCCACACUAAUCCAUCCCACCCACCCCUCCUCGACAUGGAGAAGGUGCAGCACAUCACGCGGGCGGCCAUUCGGCGGGCGUCCACCAUGGAGAUUCCCCAGCAGGCCAAGCAAAACAUGCAGGAGCUCUUCGUCAACUUCUGCCUCAUCCUCAUCUGCCUGCUGCUCAUCUACAUCAUUGUCUUGCUAAUCUCUUUCCACGGCAUGUGAGAGACCAGUGUGAUGUAACCUGCUCAUCCUCCUUUUCACUGGCAAACAAGAAGAACCUCCAAUUGGGGCCGAUCACACUCAGGAUACACUUCCACACAGCUGAACGACCCAGGAAAUCUCCAUCCCAUCACUAUGGAUCUGAUCAAUAACCGAGGACUAAACCUGCUGCUCAACUUCCUGCUUAUUGUUGUGGCUCUACUGCUCAUGCUGAUUCUGGUCAAGCUCAUGUGACCCGAAAUGGUCAGAAACAAGAAUUAUUGGUAUAAGAGGGACGUAUGUUUCAGAGACUUCUACGCUCUCUACCUCCAAAACCAAUUUAAGGUUCCUUACAUGACCAGAAGAACCUGUGCAAAAUGAUUGACAGGCCGAGAAUGUUUCUGAUUGGCUGAUUUUCUGAUGUAGACUUUUCCCCUUUAUAAUUUUGUUUUUCACUGUCACAGAGACUUUCUCAGGGCACAUAUUUCACUCAUUUGAAUCAGAUAGUAGGGACGUUUUGAAAGCCUGGUGUUAAAAACAUCAGUUAACAACUUUAGCGUAUGAUACACGCUUUGCUAGAUCUUAAUGGAGGAGUAAGGUAUAUGCUAAAAACUGAUCAAAAAUGCUGGUACAUAGUAGUUACCAAAAACAAAGUGUCACUGCGCCCUCUAGUGGUUGCUGCCUCUUACAUCUCAAAACCAACAACAAUUCCAAAACAAUGGAAUUUAGAUCAAAAUUAGAACUUUUUCUGUGAACAGCAGGUUUGGAUUCAAGUACAUGGUCAAAUGAAUUAAAUAUUCGAUGAAAAUAUAGAUGAGCACUCAAAUCACACCGCACACCACUGACAGUGACACUAUUAAAAAUCUGUAUUUUCCUGCAA